AUGCAGCCCCGGGUUUUUGGGUUCGCUGCAUCAAAGGGAAAGCUUAAGAAGGGAACAGCCUCCCAGACCCAGCAUCAGCGUCAGGAGAGUCCGUCAGAUAGAGUCCGUCACAGAGAGUCCGUCGCAGAGAGUCCGUCGCAGAGAGUCCGUCGCAGAGAGUCUGUCGCAGAGAGUCCGUCGCAGAGAGUCCGUCACAGAGAGUCCGUCACAGAGAGUCCGUCACAGAGAGUCCGUCAGAGAGAGUCCGUCACAGAGUCCGUCAGAGAGAGUCCGUCAGAGAGAGUCCGUCACAGAGUCCAGAGAGUCCGUCGCAGAGAGUCCAGAGAGUCCGUCACAGAGAGUCCAGAGAGUCCGUCACAGGGUCCGUCGCAGAGAGUCCGUCGCAGAGAGUCCGUCACAGAGAGUCCGUCACAGAGUCCGUCACAGAGAGUCCGUCACAGAGAGUCCGUCACAGAGAGUCCAGAGAGUCCGUCACAGAGAGUCCGUCACAGAGAGUCCAGAGAGUCCGUCACAGAGAGUCCGUCACAGAGAGUCCGUCACAGAGAGUUCGUCGCAGAGAGUCCGUCGCAGAGAGUCCGUCGCAGAGAGUCCGUCACAGAGAGUUCGUCACAGAGAGUCCAUCACAGAGAGUCCGUCACAGAGAGUCCGUCACAGAGAGUCCGUCACAGAGUCCGUCGCAGAGAGUUCGUCACAGAGAGUCCGUCACAGAGAGUCCGUCACAGAGAGUCCGUCGCAGAGAGUCCGUCGCAGAGAGUCCGUCACAGAGUCCGUCACAGAGAGUCCGUCACAGAGAGUCCGUCACAGAGAGUCCGUCACAGAGAGUUCGUCACAGAGAGUCCGUCGCAGAGAGUCCGUCACAGAGAGUCCGUCACAGAGAGUCCGUCACAGAGUCUGUCACAGAGAGUGUUCGUCACAGAGAGAGGGAAAGAACUCCUGGUUAGAGUUCUGGGAGACUCGCUGUUUACACCAUGUGAGCUGUUUACACCAUGUGAGCUGCCGUUACCUCCUGGUGUCAAACAAACUGGACCAGAACCAUCAUGUGACUUUACAUAA